AUGAGCGGCGGCGAGGAGGAGGAGGACGAGGACGAGGAGGUGUUCUACGAGUCGCGGGACCGCGUCCUCUCCUCCUCCGGCUCAUCCACCUCCGCCUCGGACGACGAUGACCACGCGCUGCAGCAGCGACGCCGACGGGACGCCUACGCCCACCCGGCGGCCGCGGCGACGGCGGCGCUCGACCUGUGGACGUCGCAGCCGGCGCCCGUGCAGGAGCGCCGCAGGAGGCUGCUCCAGAUGAUGGGGCUCGCCGGGGACCCCUCCCUCGCGCGCCUCGAGAUGGGCCGAUCGGUCUCCUACGACGGGCCCGUCCGCCCGCCCACGCUCUCGCCCAUGCCCCGAUCCAGAUCGGACGGCGCCGUGCCCACCUCCACCAAGCCGCCGCGAGGGGGCCGCACGUCGUCGGGCUCCUCCGAGGCCAUGCCGGAGGACGACGAGGCGGAGGCCGACCCCAGGUGCCUAAUCCGGAACCUCGACGACGGCACCGAGUUCGUCGUCAAGGAAGAGUUUGAGCUCCGCGAGGUCGGCACGGGCCGCCAGCUCACCUUGGAGCAGUUCCAGCUCUGCGUCGGCCGCUCUCCCAUCGUGCAGGAGCUCAUGCGCCGCCAGAACAUUGCAAACGACGGCGCCUCCACUCCCGUCCACAGGUCCAGCUCCGACUCCAGCAACGGCGCGGCCCGGCCCAGGCGCCGCUUUAGUUGGCUUCGUACCAUCCGCCACGUCGCUGGCUCCAUGGUGGCCGGCUCCCGUGACCGCCGAAGCAGCGACGAGAAGGACACGUCAUCGGAGAAGGGCGGACGCCGGUCCAGCUCAGCCACGGAUGACAGCCAGGAUAGUGCCGGCGCCGUGCACCAUGGCCCAGAGCGCAUUAAGGUGCGGCUGUACGGCAAGUCGUACAAGGAGCUCAGUGGGCUGUUCAUGAACCAGGAGGUACGGGCGCACUACGGGCCUAUCUGGAGUAUCAAGUUUAGCCCCGAUGGGCGCUACCUUGCAAGUGCCGGGGAGGACUGUGUGAUCCAUGUCUGGGAAGUGUUGGAGUUUGAAAGGAGACGAGAGGAGAAUGGGGUGUCUAAUCCAUUUGUUGCAGUGAUGUGCAAUGGUUCGCCAGAGCCGACAUUGGCCUUGGCCACUGUGGAUGGGAGCCAUUGGGAUAAGAAACUCCGGGCGAGGGUCUCGCAAUGUCGGAAAUCCAGUAGCUCAGACCGGUUGAUGGUGCCAGAGCAUGUGUUUGGACUGUCGGAAAAACCUGUCAAAACUUUUGAGGGGCAUUCAAUGGAUGUUCUUGAUCUAUGCUGGUCCAAGUCACAGUACUUGCUUUCGUCUUCAAUGGAUAAAACUGUUAAGUUAUGGGACAUGUCAAGUGUAUCAUGUUUGAAAACGUUCUCACACUGUGACUAUGUGACAUGCAUCCAGUUCAACCCUGUCGAUGAUAGAUACUUCAUUAGUGGUUCUCUGGAUGAAAAGGUCCGCAUCUGGAGCAUUCCAAAACGUGAAAUUGUUGAUUGGCAUGAUCUGCAUGAAAUGGUCACUGCUGCUUGCUAUACCCCUGAUGGACAGAGUGCGUUAGUUGGUUCCCACAAGGGCAGCUGUCAUCUUUAUGACACAUCAGAUAAUAAGCUUAUCCAACAGAGACAAAUUGACUUGCAAACUAAAAAGAAGUCCCGCCAGAAGAAGAUCACUGGAUUUCAGUUACUUGAACAGUUCCUUCCAGGGAGUUCUUCGAAGGUGCUCAUCACAUCUGCCGAUUCACGGAUCCGAGUUAUUGAUGAUUUUGAACUAGUUCACAAAUUUAAAGGUUUCCGAAACACCAACAGCCAAAUCUCAGCUUGCUACGCAGCGAGAGGCAGAUACGUGAUCUCAGCGAGCGAAAACUCCCAUGUGUACAUGUGGAGAAACGACGACGGCCCUGAGCAAAGAAGCGGCAGCAGCAAGGGCGUCGUGUCUGUCGCAAACUCCUACGAGUACUUCUACUGCCAGGACGUGACGGUGGCCGCUGCCUUGCCAUCCACGGCGGGGUCAGCGGCGACGUCCCGAACCAACUCCAGGAGGAAGCACCAGGAGCUGGACUGUGUGUCCGAGUAUCCUGACGGAGAUUCCUCUGAUUUCCAGCAGCAGCAGCAGAGCCACAAUGACCUAAGCGACGGUUCGAACCACAGCGGCGACAGAGCGUCUGCGACCUGGCCCGAGGAGCUCAUGACGCCGACGAAACAGAGCCUGCGGUCCAGCACCAGUCUCCCCGACGGUGACGCCGCCGGGCAGGCCCCGAGCCGGUCGGCCUGGGGCAUGGCCAUCGCCACGGCAGGCAGCGGGGGUCAGAUCAGGAUACUCCAGAAUUUUGGGUUUCCCGUCAGAGUAUAG